UUCAGCCUAAAUGACAUCCGCGAAACCCUUUGCGACAGUCGCAGGGAUGCUGAAAGCCAGAUCGAGCUUCGCCCUCCGAACUCGAGGAGGUCACGGCCCGAACCCAUUCCUUACUCCCGGCCACCAGGAGCGGCCCAACGGCUACCUCUUCAACCGUACGCCCCCGCCGCCAGGGCAAUCCCGAAAGUGGGAGGACUGGGAGCUCCCUUGCUACAUCACCAGCUUUCUCACCAUUGUCAUCCUCGAUGUCAGCCUCAACGCCAACCCCGAUCUCACUAUUGAGACAUGGGCCCAUCAGGAAGCCAUCAAAAGGCUCGAGCUCGAGUCCUCUUCAAAAUCCGAGUGAUUGUUUGAUCGGUCAAUCUGGGUAUGCUUUUGUUACGCCCUCUUCUGGAAUUAGGGUUUGGUAGAGAAGAUCACAUUCUGAGAAGUUUUCUGUUUAUAUUUCCUGAUGCAAUUUGGUGGAAAAUAAUUGUUGAUGUUCAUUAACUAAUGAUUU